AUGCAGGCACUCCUUUACCACACUGCUCAUAAUGUGAAUCGAGACGAUUUUGGUGUUUACUUGUUCAGAGUGAGAGACAGGAGGGUGAUUGUGCGCGCAUUUGAGAGAGAGAGAGAGAGGGAGACACGUCAUAAGAAUAUGCCUCGUAAUCGAUGCUCCCGCCUUCUAAGCGUCGGCGUUUUACGCUGGUGGUCUUCUGACAUCCGAGACGGAGCAGCACUUCUCACGAAUCUCCGCCAUCGUCUCUCAGUCGUCGCUUUGGAGCGUUUCCUGGGGGAAUUGAAGGAACGGAAUGAAGUACAUAAAAUGAUGAGAGCCUACGAGUUCGUUACCAACACGCCGGUGAAGCUCGACGAGCACCGCGAGUAUCUCGUUGACGACGUUGCCCUUGUUCGUUCCAGUCCUCCACUGUCACCUCGAAUGAAAGGUGAGGAGAUUUUACAGCAAAUUUUGACAAGAGAGAGAAGGAGGUGA